AUGAUGCCCGACGCUGCGUUCCAGCCCGCCGAGAGCGUCAACGUGACCGUGGUCCUCGGCGGCAACGUCACGGGCAAUGGCACGCUCCUUGGGCUGCCGCUCAACCUCGUCGAGACGCAGCGCGGCUGGUGCCUCUUCAUCGCGGCGCUCUCGGCGCUCUUCGCGACCAGCCUCACGGCUCUCAACAUGUACCAGCACCUUCGCGCGUACACGCGCCCGAACCUCCAGCGCUACAUUCUUCGCAUCCUGCUCAUCGUGCCCGUCUACGCGAUCGGGUCGUUCGUCUCGUUCAAGUUUGUGCGCGAGGCCGCGCUCGUCAACGCCGUCCGCGACAUGUACGAGGCGUUUGUCGUCUACAGCUUCCUCAACCUCGUCCUCGCCUUUGCCGGCGGUGAAUCCAACUGCGUGUCCAAGAUGGUGACAGAGGCCGAGAUCGUGCACCCGUUCCCGUUCGGGUACUGCUUGCCGCCCAUGGCGCGCGACGGCCGGCUCUUGCGCAACUGCAAGAAGGCGACGAUCCAGUUUGUGUUUCUCAAGCCCACGAUGGCGCUUCUCUCGCUCUUUAUGCUUGGCAUCGGCAUGUACGACUCGGUCGGCUUUCAGUGGUUCACAUGGCUCGUCUACAACCUCAGCUACAGCGUUGCGCUCUACGGCUUGCUCAUCUUUUACCUCGCGACCAAGCACAUUCUUGCCCCGUUCUCGCCCGUGCUCAAGUUUUUCGCGGUCAAAAGUGUCAUUUUCAUGACCUUUUGGCAGACCUUGCUGAUUGGCGGCCUCCCGCGCAUCACGAAGGAGCAAGCGUUUGCGUGGAACGACUUUGUGCUCGCGCUCGAGAUGGCGCCCGUCUCGGUCCUCUACGUUCUCUCGUUUGGCGCUGGCCAAUUCAAGAACACGUGCGAAGCGAUUCCGCAGUCGGAGGUCGUCAAGAAUAUGAAGGAGGUGCUGAGCGUCAAGGACAUUGUCGCUGAUGCGAUCCACAACUUUAUGCCGAGCUACCAAGACUACAUGCUCCAACGCGCCGACGACGAGUUUCCCGAGAAGGUCCGCACCAUGACGUUCCUUGCCGGCAACUUGGAUACGCCGACGCCGCUGGGAGCGACCAAGGACCGCUCCGAGAGCAACGACCUCCCGGACGAGCCCUCGUUGGAUGCAAAUGUCGUCGUCGUCGAUAUUGCUGAAGCAUCGAAGGAAGCAACAGCGACAGCGGCCGAGACCACCGAGCCGGCUGCGGAUGUUGCCGACAGUAGUGACAAGUCAGAGUCAACGCCGGGCCACAAUGUCGAUGACGACGAGGCGUUGGUGGACACGCCUCGACGACACUCGGACAAGUCGAGCUUGCUCCAGCCAUGAGCAGAGUUUUAGUAGGUAGUAUAGGCGUAGUUAAUAUUAUAUAUAAGGAAGACGGUUGUCGCGGCCUAUGGUAGCACGUACG